GAUAAUCGGAAUUCGAACCUCGAUCCUGCAUAUAUAAUACAAUAUCCACCGCAUAUUUAUUUGGUUGUUAAUUCGUUAAUUUAUGUGCAUUAACUGAGUGAUCUAUUUUUUACUAUUUUUAUUCACCAACUUUAUUUAAAUCUCACCUGCAGCCAAGCAAGUUGCUAGUACAAUGUCAUAAUAAAACAGUUAAGAUAAAGCAAUAAUAAUAAAGAAAAACUCAAUGAUGAAAGUGGCUUACUAUUUAUCACCUCACUCACACCACACCUAUUCUAAUUCUAAUUCUAUUUUUUAUUUUUCUUUAAAAUUCUAAUUUUCUAUAUAAAUAAUGUUCCCUCCAUUCCUCCACUUCUCAAGUCAGUUACAUUCAUUUUUCUUUUUCUUUCACCAAAAUGUCUUCCACAUUCUCACUCUCACAUCUCACUACCCUCUUCUUCAUCCUCCUCCUCCACCGCACUUGUGACGCACGUGACACAUUCGCGUGCGACGCAAAAGAUAUCACAACAAAGAACUUACCAUUUUGCAAUGUGAAACUGGCUAUUCAAGAGAGAGUGAAGGAUCUUAUUGGAAGAUUAACUUUACAAGAAAAAGUUAAUUUGCUAGUGAAUAAUGCUGCGGCGGUUCCGAGAGUCGGAAUAAAGGGUUAUGAGUGGUGGUCGGAGGCACUUCAUGGUGUUUCAAAUGUUGGUCCUGGAACUAGAUUUGGUGGUGUGUUUCCUGGUGCUACUAGUUUUCCUCAAGUUAUCACCACCGCUGCUUCUUUUAAUGCUUCUUUGUGGGAGGCUAUUGGACGGGUUGUCUCGGAUGAAGCAAGGGCAAUGUACAAUGGAGGAGCAGCUGGAUUAACUUAUUGGAGUCCAAAUGUGAAUAUUUUUAGAGACCCUAGGUGGGGUCGUGGACAGGAAACACCCGGUGAAGAUCCUGUAUUAGCCGGUAGUUAUGCUGCAAGCUAUGUUAAAGGGUUACAGGGAACAGACGGUAACCGGUUGAAAGUGGCUGCUUGUUGUAAACACUUCACAGCUUAUGAUAUUGAUAAUUGGAAUGGUGUUGAUCGCUUUCACUUUAAUGCACAGGUGAGUAAGCAAGACAUAGAGGACACAUUCGAUGUGCCAUUUAGAAUGUGUGUGAAGGAAGGAAAAGUAGCUAGUGUCAUGUGUUCUUACAAUCAAGUUAAUGGUGUCCCUACUUGUGCUGACCCCAACCUCCUAAAGAAAACAGUUCGUGGACAAUGGGGUCUUGAUGGGUACAUUGUAUCUGAUUGUGACUCUGUUGGAGUGUUUUACAAUAGCCAACAUUAUACAUCAACGCCAGAAGAAGCUGCUGCUGAUGCCAUCAAAGCAGGUCUGGAUUUAGAUUGUGGGCCAUUCCUAGGCUUGCACACACAGGAUGCUGUGAAAAAGGGUUUGUUAAAAGAAACAAAUGUGAAUGGUGCCUUGGUGAAUACACUUACUGUGCAAAUGAGAUUAGGGAUGUUUGAUGGAGAGCCAUCAGCUCAAGCUUAUGGCAGGUUAGGCCCAAAAGAUGUAUGUAAACCAGCUCACCAAGAGCUUGCACUUGAUGCAGCUAGACAAGGAAUAGUGCUCCUAAAAAACAAUGGUCCUACUUUGCCUCUCUCCCCACAACGACACCGAACCGUGGCUGUCAUUGGGCCCAAUUCCAAUGUCACGGUUACCAUGAUCGGAAACUAUGCCGGUAUUGCAUGUGGAUAUACUAGUCCCUUACAAGGAAUAGGAAGAUAUGCUAGGACAAUUCAUCAACUGGGUUGUGCAAAUGUAGCUUGUAGCGAUGAUAAACAAUUUGGGCCUGCCUUAGAUGCAGCUCGUCAAGCAGAUGCAACUGUUCUAGUGAUAGGCUUAGAUCAGUCUAUUGAAGCUGAAACUGUUGAUAGGACUGGCUUGCUUUUGCCUGGACAUCAACAAGAUCUUGUUUCAAAGGUUGCAGCAGCAUCAAAAGGACCAACUAUUUUGGUCUUGAUGUCUGGUGGGCCUGUCGACAUUACUUUCGCAAAGAAUGAUCCUCGUAUUGCUGGCAUCUUGUGGGCCGGUUAUCCUGGCCAAGCUGGUGGUGCCGCCAUUGCUGAUAUUUUAUUUGGAACCGCUAAUCCAGGAGGCAAGCUACCUGUGACAUGGUACCCACAAGAGUACCUAAAAAACUUGGCCAUGACAAAUAUGGCAAUGAGACCAAGCACAGUAGGGUACCCAGGAAGAACAUAUAGAUUCUACAAGGGACCGGUUGUAUAUCCAUUUGGACAUGGAUUAACAUACACACAUUUUGUUCACACAUUAGCUAGUGCACCUACAUUAGUCUCAGUUCCGGUACACGGUCACCGACACGGUAAUAACACAAACAUUUCAAACAAAGCAAUUAGAGUGACACAUGCAAGAUGUGGCAAACUUUCUAUAACUCUUCAUGUUGAUGUUAAAAAUGUUGGUUCUAGAGAUGGUACUCACACAUUGUUAGUGUUCGCUGCACCACCUAAUGGUGGUGCCAAUUGGGUACCACAAAAACAGCUUGUGACUUUUGAAAAAGUUCAUGUUCCUGCCAAAAGUAAGCAAAGGGUGAAAGUUAAUAUUCAUGUUUGCAAAUUGCUUAGUGUUGUUGAUAGGUCUGGGAUUAGGAGAAUUCCAAUGGGGGUACAUAGUCUUCAUAUUGGUGAUGUUAAACAUUCUGUUUCACUUCAAGCAGAAACACUUGGGAUUAUCAAGUCUUGAAAAAAAAUUAAUUUAGGCUUAUCUAAGUUUUCCUAAUUUCACUAAAGUUGAUUCAUAGCUUUUGUGCAAUUUCAAAGAAAAAUUUGUUGGUAUAGUAUAUAUUGGUGCAAGUCUUGAAGAGAAGACAUGUUAGGUUGAUUCAUCUAUUAAUGUCAAAUAAUUUGAUAAGAUUGUUUGUAAUUUUUGGGAGAGAGGAAAUUAAGGAAAUGUAUUGCUCUCUCAUUUGUUUUUUCUUUCUUUUUUUUGGAUUAUCAAUAUUGAAUACUAUGAUAGGGUUGACAUUGUAAUUGUAAGUUGCAAGUCCUCCAUUCUAUCAUUUUUAUAAGAUGGUAAUAAUUGGGCUCA